GGCCACGCCUCAGUCCUGGACUUUGGCUGUCCUGGGUAGGCAGGCGGGCCAGGCUGCGCCCCAGCAAGCAGGAGGUGCCUGGCUUCCUCAUUUGGCUGCAGCCACAGCCACUGCCACCAUGCAGAGGAGGACCUGGGGGCUGCACCUGCUGCUUCUGCUGGGGCUGGGGCUGGGGUCCUGGGAGGCCCUGCCCCCACCCUGUGAGAGCCAGAUUUACUGCCACGGGGAGCUCCUGCGCCAGGUUCAGAUGGCCAGGCUCUACCAGGAUGAUAAGCAAUUUGUGGAUAUGCCAUUGUCCGUAGCUCCAGACCAGGUACUACAGCGCUUCAGCGAGCUGGCCCAGGCCCACAACUUCAGCAUCCCCCAGCAGGAGCUGCAGGAUUUCAUCCGAGAACACUUCCAGGCUGUGGGGCAGGAGCUGCAGCCCUGGACCCCCGAGGACUGGAAAGACAGCCCCCAGUUUCUGCAGAAGAUCUUGGACCCCAAGCUGCGAGCCUGGGCAGGGCAGCUGCACCAGCUGUGGAAGAAGCUGGGAAAGAAGGUGAAGCCAGAGGUCCUCAGCCACCCAGAGCGGUUCUCUCUCAUCUACUCGGGUCACCCGUUCAUCGUGCCAGGAGGACGCUUUGUCGAGUUCUAUUACUGGGACUCCUACUGGGUGAUGGAGGGUCUGCUCCUGUCCGAGAUGCCAGGGACGGUGAAGGGCAUGCUGCAGAACUUCCUGGACCUGGUGCAGACGUACGGACAUGUCCCCAACGGAGCCCGCGUGUACUACCUGCAGCGGAGCCAGCCCCCGCUCCUGAGCCUCAUGAUGGAGCGCUACGUGACUCAGGCCAAUGACACCGCCUUCCUCCGGGACAACCUGGAGACCCUGGCCUUGGAGUUGGACUUUUGGACCAAGAACAGGAGCAUCUCUGUGAGCUCUGGGGGAAAGAGCUACGUCCUGAACCGCUAUCAUGUCCCCUAUGGGGGACCCAGGCCAGAGUCAUACAGCAAAGACGCAGAGCUGGCAGCCACCUUGUCUGAAGGGGACCACGAGGCUCUGUGGGCUGAGCUCAAGGCAGGGGCCGAGUCUGGCUGGGACUUCUCUUCACGCUGGUUCGUGGGAGGCCCGAACCCUGAUUCGCUCAGCAGCAUCCGAACCAGCAAACUGGUGCCGGUUGAUCUCAAUGCCUUCCUGUGCCAGGCAGAGGAGCUGAUGAGCAACUUCUACUCCAGACUGGGCAAUGACUCCCAAGCUGAGAAGUACAGAAAUUUGCGAGCACAGCGCAUGGCCGCCAUGAAGGACAUCCUGUGGGAUGAGGAGAAAGGUGCCUGGUUUGACUAUGACCUUGAGAACGGAAAGAAGAACCUUGAGUUUUACCCAUCCAACCUCGCUCCGCUCUGGGCUGGCUGCUUCUCUGACCCAGGCGACGUGGACAAGGCUCUGAAAUACCUGGAGGACAGCCAGAUCCUCACCUACCACUACGGAAUCCCGACCUCUCUCCGGAAGACAGGCCAGCAGUGGGACUUCCCCAACGCCUGGGCCCCCCUGCAGGACCUGGUCAUCAGAGGUCUGGCCAAGUCUCCUUCAGCCAGAGCCCAGGAAGUGGCUUUCCAGCUGGCCCAGAAUUGGAUCCGCACCAACUUUGAUGUCUACUCCAGGAGGUCAGCCAUGUACGAGAAGUAUGACAUCAGCAACGGUGGACAGCCGGGUGGUGGAGGGGAGUAUGAAGUUCAGGAGGGGUUUGGCUGGACCAAUGGAGUGGUCCUGAUGCUCCUGGACCGCUAUGGUGACCGGCUGAGCUCAGGGACCCAGACAGUUUUCCUGGAGCCCCACUGUCUCACCGCUGCCCUUCUGCUUGGCCUCAUGCUCAGCCUCCUGCCACAGUGACGGGCCUUCUCAUCUGGCUCCAGCUCCUGCCAAUUAAACCUCGGCAUGAGUCCCUAC